GUCCGGCCGCCAUCACGGCAGUCUUGCCAAGCUUGUAAAGCGAGUCUGUGCGAAGUGGAGUGAGUGUUUUGUGGCUCCGUAUUUUUCGCGAUUCUCAUGUGGAUUUAUCGACAAAAUACGUAGUAGUUCGCAAAUAUCCCCCGGAAAAAAGUGAAAUUAGUGGUGAGCUUCUCUUCAAAGACUAUCAUAAGUGCCCGCCAUGUUGAAAAUCGACCGAGAAAUUUAAUUUCUCCUUUCGUUAAGAAGCGUUUGUUAAAAACUAGAUUAAUUUAUGUUUAAUUGUGUUUUUAUUUUAUCUUGGAACAAGAUACCAUGACAUUUGUUUAAUGUCGUACCCUCCCUAAGCAUGGGAUGUAUGGAACCUUUUUGGACCAGUUCUUGAUAGGCUGAGGCAGUUUACAUUUGCUUAACUGUUAAUGUAAGCAAUGCAACAAGUGGAGGCUACAGUUCAAAAUAACACAAGUGGUAAAAUGAAUGAACAGGCCUCAUCUGGCAACGGUGUAGCUGCUCCACCAGCAUCUGCUGCUACAAUGGCCUCCCGUGAAGUUCGUGAGCCUCCACCAAGGAAUGAGCCAGUGGUUGAACCCGUUAACGGUGUAGUUCAACCACUAGUAAUGCCUCCUCCAGAGAGACCUGGCAGGAUCACCAAUCAAUUGCAGUUUCUGCAAAAGACUGUACUUAAAGCGAUCUGGAAGCAUCAGUUUGUAUGGCCUUUCCAACAGCCUGUAGAUGCCAAGAAACUAAACUUGCCGGACUACCACAAGAUUAUCAAGCAACCAAUGGACUUGGGUACAAUAAAAAAGCGCUUAGAAAACAACUACUAUUGGUCGGGCAAGGAAUGCAUUCAAGAUUUCAACACAAUGUUUACAAAUUGUUAUGUAUAUAAUAAACCAGGCGAGGACGUGGUCGUAAUGGCCCAAACUUUGGAGAAGGUUUUCUUGACGAAAGUGGCUGACAUGCCUAAGGAAGAAUUUGUAGUAGAGACACAAGCCAAAGGUGCAAAAGGUAAAAAAGGUAGAACUAGUACUGGACCUACUGGAGUUACUACCCCAGGUAGAGGAAGACCACCAGCAACUGUGUCAUCCACAGUAUCAAAUCCUGUAGCUACAACAACAGGUUCUAUGGGUAUUCCUUUGGGUACCAGCGCCCCAGUCACAGUUCCGGGCAGUACCGCUACCACCACCAUAGCACAACCCAACAAUGCCCAAGUCACGCCUAUUACUCCUACGGGGCCCUCUUACGCUGCUGCUCAGGCCAUGGACACUCCAGUAUCCGCGCUGGGCGUGGUACCUCCUGCCCAGCCGGCCAAGAGCAAAAAGGGCGUUAAGAGAAAGGCUGAUACUACCACGCCGGCCACAGCUUAUGAUUACCUUCCAUCUGGCGCUGAUUCGAAUUCCUCGUCGUCCGCGAGCAAGAUCUCCAAACGUCGAGAAUCCGGUCGCCAGAUAAAGAAGCCUCUACGUAAUCAGGAGCUGGACGGUUUGGGGCCUUAUGGAGGUUCAGCGGCGGCUGGUGCUGUACCAUCACCAGCAGCUCAGGCCGGGGCGCACGCGCUUAAAAACAAGGAAAAACUCAAUGACACAUUAAAAGCCUGCAAUGAGAUACUGAAAGAACUCUUUUCAAAGAAACAUUGUAGUUAUGCUUGGCCUUUCUACAAACCGGUAGAUGCGGAACUGUUAGGUUUACAUGACUACCACGACAUUAUAAAGAAACCCAUGGAUCUCGGAACAGUGAAGGAAAAGAUGGACAAUCGCGAAUACCGUUCGGCGCAGGAAUUCGCGCAGGACGUGCGGUUAAUCUUUACCAACUGUUACAAGUACAACCCCUCGGAUCAUGACGUGGUCGCCAUGGCCAGGAAACUUCAGGACGUGUUCGAAGUCAAGUUUGCUAAAAUCCCUGAUGAACCUUUGAAUAGGAUAGGUUUGGUGCCGCACGAGUCCAGUUCGUCCGGAUCCAGUUCGGAGAGUUCCAGCGAUACGGAGGACUCCGAGGAGGAGAGGCGGAACAAGCAACUGAAACAGCUCGAAAAAGAAUUGACGGCGAUGCAGGAAAGAAUGAGAAAACUGGUAGAAGAGAGUACGAGGCGUAAAAAAGAGAAGAAAAAGCAAAAACUCAAAGACAAACCCAAGAAAAUGACAGCAGCGGCGCAAGCGGUGUCUGCCAUCCCCAACAGUACGGGUAAAUCAUCGGCGGGAGCAGGCUCGGCCGGAGGCGGCAAGCAAUUGCCCACCGCUCCCGACAGCCUAGCGGAGGACGGCGGUCCCGUCGCCGACGCCAAGAGCGGCAACGAAAGGGGGGCGGCUGCAACGGGGGGCGCGGCUGCAGCCAAGACGCCCAAGACCAAAGGCCCUCGAGGACCCAAACCAGCAGCGGCGGCGCCAUCGGGGGCGGCAGCGGGACCAGCGGCGAAAAGGGCCAAGACAGGUAGAGGGGCUGGAGCAGGAACCGGUCCCGGAAGAAAGAAGGCGCAAGCAGCAAUGCCAGCGCCGGCUUUCGACUCCGAAGAUGAAGACAACGCUAAGCCGAUGUCGUACGACGAGAAACGGCAAUUGUCGCUUGACAUCAACAAACUACCUGGUGACAAAUUAGGUCGGGUGGUGCACAUCAUCCAAUCGAGGGAACCCUCGUUGAGGGACUCGAACCCCGACGAGAUAGAAAUCGACUUCGAGACACUGAAACCGUCCACCUUGCGAGAGCUGGAGAACUACGUCGCCUCGUGUCUGAGAAAAAAGCCACGUAAGCCCUAUUACAAAAAGCUUUCUGGCAAAACAAAAGAAGAACAAAUAGCAGAGAAGAAAAAAGAACUUGAAGACAGACUUUUGGACGUCAAUCACAAAAUAGGACCUAGUAAAAAAGCCCCUAAGAAAGAUGCCAAGGCUGAUCCGACAGGCGCAGGUGCUGGCAGAAUGUCUUCCUCCAGUUCCAGUUCGGACAGCGACAGCUCGUCAUCGUCACUAUCUAGUAGUUCCAGCGAUUCAAGCGACAGCGAAGCAGGUCCUGGUGCGACAACAAGACAGACUAAGAAGAAACCUGGAUUGAAAAAAUCGCCUAAUCUUUCGGUUCACCCUAGCAGUAUUGCAUCGACGACUUUGUCUAUCACCACAACUCUACAAAAAUCGUCGUCCACGACCGCGACGCCUACCGUCGCGCCCAUAACCAUCUCGGCCACGCCCUCAGUCAAUUCCGCCCCUCCCGCACCUCAACAACCACCACCGGUAACGUUACCUGUCAACGGUCCGGUGCUGGCUGCUAAACCGAUUGUGGCCACGGCACCUAUAGCUUCUCCAGCUACUCGCAAACAAUCCACCAGCGACAAACCACCCACGAUACAGUCACCAUCACCCGCGCAACCCCCUGCUGCCCCUGUGGGCGGUACUAUUAAGGGAACGACCGCAACGGCGUUGGCACCUUCGCCGGAUAAACCGAAACCCGAAGUAAUGUCACCUCUGACGACGGGUACCGCACCCUACACCGAUCCCAUAGAACAGAGUCUAGCUAAUUUGGAGCACGAUCUGGUUAAGACGGAGCCGAUGGAGAGUAUAUUGUCGUCGAUGACGACGAUUAGUCAGAGUAAACCACACGUUGGUCCAGUUAUUUCAAAUAUGGCAACGCAUCAUCCCAUAAUACCAGUGAACUCGAUGAUCGGAACCACUGAAAUUAAACCUCCCAUUACCAUCGGCAAUAUGGGUGGAAUGCCUCCGAACCCUUUGACUAGUCAACACCACAAUCUACACAUGGACCAUGAUAUGCAAAGCUUGAUGCAGCAAGUAGGAUUGGGUCACCCUCACCCUCAACAUCCCGCUAUCCACACGCAGAACAACGGUUACAGUAUGAAACACGAAUACGACUCUACAAUGAACACGAACAAUAACGGCAUGACGUCUGUAGGAUUGCCAAUGGAAAUGUCUAUCCCCUCAAUGUUUGACCCACUCCCUCAACAAAUAAACAAUGCACAAAUAAAGAAGGAAGGACUCAAGCAAGAAUCGGGCGACGCGUUUGGAUUAGUCGACAAAAAACCACCACAUACGACUAUUCCCGAUCAGAAGCCCAUCCCAUCGUUCGUUGGUAUGACCGGCUUCAAGGUCAAACCUGACGUUAAGAAUGCCACGUCUUGGAGUAAUCUAGCUAAAGCGGGGUCGCCGCAGAAUAAUGCUACCGGAACUAGUAGACAACAGGUUAUGGAUAGUUUUAAAGCUUUCCAGAACAAAGCGAAAGAGAAAGCCGAUCGUGAAAAGCAGAGGUUGGAAAAUUUGGAGUUGAAGAGACAGCAAAAAGAACAAGCGGAGCGGGAGAGGUUACGGCAAGAAAUGGAAAGGAAGAGGGAGCUUGAAGAACAAGAAGCAUUAGAGAAAGCCAGGAAAGCGGUAGCUGAAAGAGAACAACCCAUUCCUAGUCAAAGGGUGGAAGAGUUGCGAUCCUCGCCUGGAGAGGGCAGCACUUCACCCGGAUCACUCAGUUCCGGUUCAGACCGAAUAUCAGACAGAGAGAGACAGAGGCAACAAGAACAGGAAAGGAGGAGACGAGAAGUGAUGGCAAAUAAAAUAGACAUGAACAUGCAAAGUGAUUUAAUGGCCGCCUUCGAGGGUUCUUUAUAAUGAAAAACAACGCACCUAAAAGCUGUGUGCGUAUAGAGUGUAGAUAUACAUUAAUAUAUUUAAUAGAGUCGUUCGAAAGAGACGUUUUACCGAGAGAGAAAGAAAAAAAGUAUUUAUUUAGUCGCUCAAAAGAGAGUUGUUGGAAUGAUUUAAUAUGCUUCCUUUUUACGUAAGUGAGUGUAAAUCCAAACUAUAGAGAAACUGUUUUCUUUUUUUGUUAACUUUAUAUCAAGUGCUGUCCUGAGUUUUGCAUUAUUAUAGCGAUGUGUAGAAUUUACUUACAUUGUAUAUAAAAUAUUAAAUUUAAUAUAAAACGAUAUGUGUACAUAAAAACUUGGGUUUAGGUUUAAGUUAGCGAAGGAUCGAGUCGAUGUUGUCGGAGAAAAGGAAAUGUGUAGGCUGCUAACUUUUGGGAGUUUUUCUAUGAGAAUUCUCGUUAAAUAAAUUUCGAUAAGUGUGGAUUAUAGAAAUAAAUCAAUAGUACAUGAAACUCUGCUUGAAAGUGACUCAUUUUUUCUUAAUGUGUAGUUUUAAUUAUAAGAAAUUUCCAUGAGCACUAAAAUUUUAAAUACAUCUUGUUAUAAUUGAGAAUUUUUCUUUAUAAUACAGGGGUGGUGCCUGUCAUACGUCUCUCCAAAGAUAACGACAAUUUGUAUUUUGUGUAAAGUUCAAAGAUAUGUGGAAUUUUACAGGGUAUGAAAAUUUUAUAUAAUCAUCGUUUUUUUUUAACGGAGUACACUACAGGGUGGUCCGAAUUGUAUUCCGGAAACUUCAACAGCAUAUUCUGCAGAUAAAAAU